UUUAUCCAUGCAUUACAGGUCCAAAUUAAAAUGGUUAUAGGUGCCUUUGCAAUCGGUAAAAAAUAUGACACCCGUAAUUCUGACCCCCUUAAUUUAGACCCUUGAUUCAAAUAAGAAAAAAAUCGACAUCAGCGCAUCUGCUUACUCAGAAGGAGACGAGAGAUGCUGUAAAAGAAUGAAGCAGUUAACUGUAGACCACACGUGUUGCAUGAGCAGUUAUGAAAAAGAAAAACAGCCUUGAUUAAAUAGAGGAUGAAUGUCAGGGUGAGAGAGGACAUCCAUAUUUGCCAUGAUGAGCAGGCUGGAAGCAACAUGUAUAAUGAGUUUAAAGCAAGUCACAGAUUUUGCUUUAUGCUGACUUAAAUGAAACCGGAGUUUACUAGUUCUAUUUCUCUUUUCAACCGUUGUCAUAGAUGGAUCGCCAUUUAGACGAGAAUGGAAACUUGUGUAGUCAAGCCAGUUCAAGUCUGCAGUACAGCAAAAAUUACAUCAGUGCACGAGUGCAACAGUUUGUGGAGGAAAGGAUGCAGACAACUAUGCUCACAGGUGUACUGAUUGGAGCGGCAGUUGCAGUCUCACUGAUUGGGAUUGUGGUUCUAUUCCUUUACAGGAGAUUCAGGCUUGCCCGUGAACAACAGCCUGGUGUACCUCAGUAUCGUUUCAGAAAAAGAGAUAAAGUGCUCUUCUAUGGAAGGAAGAUAAUGCGAAAGGUCCAGACGCUGUCUGCAGUUCCUCCCCCCACCUCUGCCUCAGUAUCAAAGCAACCACAACGCAUACGCAAAAGAACCAAAGUUCUGAGCAUAGCUCGCAAAAUUCUUAGGAUCCGUAAAGACCCCCCCACUCUGCAGCCCAAGGAACCCCCUCCCUCACUGCUGGAGGCUGACCUAACAGAGUUUGAUGUUCAGAGUUCAAACCUCCCCUCUGAGGUUCUCUAUAUGCUGAAGAAUGUCCGGGUCUUGGGUCAUUUUGAGAAGCCCCUGUUCCUGGAGCUGUGUCGCCACAUGGUAUUUAUUGAGCUGCAAGAGGGUGAAUGUUUGUUCAGGCCUGGAGAUGAAGACGAUAGCAUCUAUGUGGUCCAGGACGGACGACUCGAGCUCUGCAUCCAAGAGAAUGAUGGUACAGAACCAGUCGUGAAGGAUGUACUUCCAGGAGACAGUGUCCACAGCCUGCUCAGUAUUCUGGAUAUCAUCACUGGUUAUCCAGCUCCAUACAAGACUGUGUCAGCACGGGCAGCAACUCGCUCCACCAUCUUACGUUUACCUGCAUCAGCCUUUGAGUCAGUAUUUAAGAAAUACCCAGAGACGCUUGUGCGUGUUAUUCAGAUAAUCAUGGUGCGCCUCCAAAGAGUCACUUUCUUGGCAUUACAUAAUUAUCUGGGCCUAACAACUGAGCUCUUCAAUCCGGAGUGUCUAGCAGUGCCCUUGACAAACAUAAACAGUGUGAUGAUGGGUGAAGCCAAUUCUGGGAAGAUGACUCGCCGGCUGCACUUCCAGGAGGAAUUAUCUGCUGGGAUCUCAGAGACCCCUGCAGAAACAGAUGGUUUAAAGGACAGCCCUUCAACCAGCUACAGGAAGCAGCGAUCCAUCUCUAUGCCCACCGACUGCACAGGCAUUGACCUGAACAUGGCUUGUGAACGAGCUCGAGUCAUGAUAGAUGAGGCUCCAUCCAGUCCUGUUAUUCACAAAUCCAGUCUGAAGAAGAAUGUGAUAAUGCUGCACACACCUUCUGAAGUUUAUCACUAUACAGACAGUGGGGGGCACUCUGAUGCCAUCCACCUCAGUAAAAGUAGCACAAUCUUCCAGGCUGCUAAGAAAGACCUGCUGAGAAUCAUCCAGCUGCAGAAUCCCAGUCUACUUGAGGGUAGAGUGACACUCCAUCAAGUCAAAGCUGGUUCUGUGGUGGCUCGUCAGGGAGACCAGGAGGUGAGCAUACAGUUUGUGAUUUCUGGCCUCCUCCAUGUUUACCAGCGAAUGAUUGACCGAGAAGAAGAGACACGCCUGUUUGUGACGCAUCCCGGAGAACUGGUCGGUCAACUUGCUGUCCUGACGGGCGAGCCCCUCAUAUUUACUGUCCGAGCCCAGCGAGACUGCAGCUUCCUCUCUAUCUCCAAAACCCACUUCUAUGAGAUAAUGCGUGUGGAGCCAAACGUUGUUCUGAAUGUUGCUAACACAGUGGUGAGGAGGAUGUCCUCUUUUGUCAGACAGAUAGACUUUGCUCUCGACUGGAUGGCGGUGGAAGCUGGCAGGGCUGUCUACAGGCAGGGAGAGAAAUCAGACAGUACUUUCAUAGUGUUGAGUGGUCGACUACGCUCUGUAAUCAUGAAGGAGGAUGGCAAGAAGGAGCUGAUAGGAGAAUAUGGACGCGGUGACCUGAUUGGAGUGGUAGAGGCUCUCACACAUCAGAACAGAGCGACCACGGUGCACGCUGUUCGAGACUCUGAGCUGGCUAAGCUACCAGAAGGAGCUCUCAGGUCCAUCAAGAGGAGGUUCCCACAGGUUGUCACCAGGUUGAUCCAUUUACUAGGACAGAAGAUCCUGCAGCAAGUCAAUGGUCCUCUGACAGCUCGGAGUUUGGCGCUCCACACUCCCGGCAGCAAGUGGGAUGCAGGGAACCCAGUCUCCAACCUCUCCACUGUGACAGUCCUGCCUGUGUCAGAGGAGGUACCCCUCACUGCCUUUACUCUGGAACUGCAGCAUGCUCUUAUUGCAAUAGGUCCAACUCUUGUGCUGACAAGUGAUAUUAUCAAACAACGACUUGGAGCUGCAGCACUAGACAGUGUCCAUGAGUACCGUCUGUCAAGCUGGCUAGGCCAACAGGAAGACAUCCAUCGGAUAGUGCUUUACCAGACAGACUACACGCUGACCCCAUGGACACAGCGGUGCAUCCGUCAGGCUGACUGCAUCAUCAUUGUGGCUGUAGGGGAGCAGGAGCCUGUUGUUGGAGAGCUGGAGCGUAUGUUGGAAGGAAGUGCAGUGCGUGCUCAAAAGCAGCUGGUGCUGUUGCACAGAGAAGAUGGUCCCCCACCCAAAGGAACUGCGGACUGGCUCAACAUGCGAAGCUGGAUCUCCAGACACCUCCAUCUCUCCUGUCCCCGAAGGGUUUUCUCUAAGAGGAGUCUGCCCAAACUGCUGGAGCUAUACCAACGUGUGUUUGAGAAGCCAGCAGACCGCCAUUCUGAUUUCUCCCGCUUGGCACGAGUCCUCACGGGCAAUGCCAUUGCCCUUGUCCUGGGAGGAGGAGGGGCCAGGGGUUGUUCCCAGGUGGGGAUAAUGCGGGCUCUCUGCGAGGCCGGCAUCCCAGUGGACCUCAUUGGCGGUACUUCUAUAGGUUCCCUGAUGGGGGCACUAUAUGCUGAGGACCGUAGCCACAGCCACAUGAGGAUAAGGGCCAGAGAAUGGGCAAUGGGUAUGACAUCAGUGUUUAAGAAGGUUUUUGAUUUGACGUACCCAGCCACCUCCAUGUUCUCCGGCGCUGCCUUCAACUCCAGCAUCAGCAAUGUCUUCAAGAGUAAGCAAAUUGAGGACCUCUGGAUCCCAUAUUUCAAUAUCACAACUGACAUCACUGCCUCAGCCAUGAGAGUACACACUGAUGGUUCUCUGUGGCGCUAUGCUCGUGCCAGCAUGUCUCUGUCUGGGUACAUGCCUCCUCUCUGUGACCCCAAAGAUGGACACCUACUGAUGGAUGGGGGCUACAUCAACAACCUGCCUGCUGAUGUGGCACGUUCCAUGGGGGCCAAAGUGGUGAUAGCUAUUGACGUGGGCAGUCGGGAUGAAACCAACCUCACUAAUUAUGGCGACUCGCUCUCAGGCUGGUGGCUGCUAUGGAAACGCCUCAACCCCCUAGCUGAGAAAGUAAAGGUGUUGAACAUGGCAGAAAUUCAGACUCGGCUGGCCUAUGUGUGCUGUGUGAGGCAGCUGGAGUCUGUGAGGAACAGUGACUACUGCGAGUACAUCAGGCCUCCAAUUGACAGAUACCGUACUCUGGAGUUUGGCAAGUUUGAUGAGAUUGCUGAGGUGGGAUACCAGCACGGCAAGACUGUGUUUGAUGUGUGGAGUCGCAGUGGAGUGGUGGAGAACAUGCUGAAAGACAGACACCAGGAGUUCCACAAAACACAAUGCAAGAACAAUGUGGUGACAUGUCCAAAUGCUUCCUUCACCGACCUGGCAGAAAUUGUGUCCCGCAUCGAGCCUGUCAAACCUGCUCUGGUGGAUGAUGGGUCAGACUACCACACUGACUAUGAAGAGGAGGCAAUGGAGAGUGCCCUGUCUGACAUGGAGCUAUACAAUCGCUAUGGAGAGCACACUGAAGGGGAGGAGACAGCUGACACGGAUGAAGAGUUGGAAGGGAGACCUUUACACCACAUUACCUCACCCACCAGCAGCCGCCUUCAGCCCCCUGCCCUUUCUGAUAGUACCCAGGAUGUGCCAUCAAACCAGGAAGUCCCUUCCAAACAGUCCAUUAAAUGAAGACUCAUGUAAUGAACGCUGGACAGGUCAUCGCAGUUUAACCCAACCGUCUUUGCCGUAUUUUACCCUCCAGUCUGUCCCGCAUGACUCAAAACCUGUUGCCUACCCCUGAACCUGUCAGUGACUGUGAUUACGAUUUUGCCCUCUAUAACCAGGCCUCGUUAACUUUGUGGCUGAUGCAACAAAUCAAUGGUCCCUUUGUGUAUAUAUAUAUAUAUAUAUAAAUAAAGAUACAGGCAUUUAGUAUAACAUUUACUCAGUUACAAGUCCUAUUCCUCCUAGACCCUCCUGCCUGUCAUUCAAAGCGGCCAUGCCCUUAAUUAUGCAUAAUUUUUAAUCUCAAUAGAAUUAAACGGGAAGUUAUUAAAUAAAUAUUCACCCCUUAGCGUCGGAGGUUGUUGCUUGGUUGGCCUGCCAGUAUCUGUCGAAACAUGUAUCAAGGCUAUUUUAAAGGAUAAACUCAGAUUUUCUUAAUCUUAAAUACUCGUCAUAAUACAGUUCUUAUGCUUGUAUGCAAGUUGAAAGAGGUAUUGUAUUGUUUUAGCAACCUGAGACUGACAAAUCAAGUCUUCCAAAGGUAUAGUGUUCAGUACAAAAUCCCCUUUGUGUCUCACUCAACUGUUUCAUUGUUAUGCUAAUUACAACAACAAUUUACUCUUUCAACAUGUAUAAGAUGUGCGCAUUGUACUGUAUUAAGACAGACUUGAAAAAUGUGAACCUAUCCUUUAGUAUCUUGUUCACUCGAGCUAUGUACCACCACAUGCAAAACAACACUAAAAACCAAAAGAGAGUAAAACAAGCAGCCAUGACUAUGGCUGUUAGUACAAUUCAGACACUCUCCCCAUCUAUUUUCUAGUUUGAAUCCAUCAGACAGACUGAGCAGCAGACAGAGCGCAUCUGUUGGCUGAACUCUGAGGUUCCACUUGUCCCAGUCCAAUUUAUGCACAGCAGCAGCAGGGCAGUUUCACAGGAACAUGUUGUAACACACAUUAUUUGGCUUGUCAAGACGUGUUUUAGCUUUUUUCUUCCUUCCAAACUGCAAAGUUUUGUACAGUAGCUUGCCAUUAAGAUGAUCUGAGUUUUUUCCAUACCUACAUGUACAGUAUAUUAUAGUCAAACAAGUGUAUAAUUACAUAUUUACUAUUUAGACCAAGAAAGUAUACGAUCAAAGCUCUAGAUGAUUUUAUGCACAAGUCACAACAGUUGGACAAUCAUUCCAGAAAUGCAAUGCAAUGCACAAUGAAUCUAAUUGUAUAGUCUUGAUUAACAUGCCUCUCUGUCUGACACUGCACCACUUCUAUAUCUACACCUGCACUAUUUAUUUUGGGUCUCUAGAAUGUCUAAAAGAAGUGAAAAAUGGAUAUUACCAUCCUCAAAUUCUACUUUUUUUUUGUCCAUAACCAAAAGAUAUCCAGUUUACUUUAAUGUAAGAAAAGGAAAAACAACACAUCCUGACUGUACAACCAUCAAUCGAAAAAUAAUUUAAACAACAUCAGCAGUUGUCAAAAUAUUCACUAUUAGUUUUCUGUUGAUCAACGUACUGUUUCAGCUCUAAUCACAGCAUUACCAGAGCCUUGACAAUACUGGAUUUUUGAUGUUGAUACCUGUAAAUAUAUUUGAGUUUAAAAAUCAGACAAGAAUACAUUGGCUAAUAUUAAUAUUUUAAUGUAAAUGUGUAACAAACAUAGCUAAAAGGCUGAGCAGGACAUUUUGCAGUUGAAAAGUAGAUGUACCAGUGCUCUGUGACAAACAGUAUGACAGCACAAAUUUUAAACUACUGUAAUGUAAACAUUUCUGUACUGCAAGUUACUUGUUACUUACUGACAAACAUGUCACUAUCAGUAUACCUGGUUGGCUUAUCAAUGCAACUUUUUAUGGUUUUAUUUUCCUCCCACUUAAUAUAGCCCCUGUGAGCCUCCAUGUAUGAAGCUGUGAUUUUCACUAAUACUGGUGCUACUAUACCUGCAGUGGUACAUGUAUAGAAGGUAGAAGAAACCCUGCGGUGAACACUAUGGAGAUCCCAUGUGGUGUCUUGCUAAACGUAGCCUGGAUGCAGCAUGUGUUAACAAAGCACAGACAGGAAAAACAUUUGCUGUUUACCAAUAAGGUAAUGGUGUUUGGGUAGUUUCCAAAAUCCAAGCACAAGGAAUUGAUCUUGUCUGGCAGGAUGAAUGCUUCACUAAUUUAUUAAAUGGGACAUGGCAAUGGAUGAUGUGCUUAUAUAAUGUGUGGAUCUGUGCCAUGAACUUAAUGCAACACAGCCUUAGAUGACCCGUAUGGGAAAACGACCACUUGUGCCCUCAGUUAUCAUUCACUGCAAUGAUUCAGAUGAUGAAUGACAUUUACCACUAAGCCUGUACUCUGACAUCAGUUACUUGUCUGUAUUUGUUCUUUGGUAAAUAUUGUUUUUGAUAUUCAACUGUAACUAAUAAACCACAGUUUGUUGUUGCUUUUCCA